AAACUCCAUGACUAUGAGUAACAGUAUUGUGCAAUUCGGUGACACGACAUUAACCAAAGUUUUCGUUGGCGGCUUAGCUUGGGAAACUCCCGGAGAAGCCAUGAAAGAGCACUUUGAAAAGUACGGCGAGAUCCUUGAAGCCGUCAUUAUUUCCGAUAAACUCUCCGGCAGAUCCAAGGGUUAUGGAUUCGUUACUUUUAAGGAUGCUGAAGCAGCUAAGCAAGCUUGUGAGGAUCCGAACCCUAUCAUCAACGGCCGCCGCGCCAACUGCAACCUCGCCUCCCUCGGUGCUCGCCGGCCGAGAUCCGCCUCCGGCUCCACUGCUCAUCCACCACAACAAGGAUCAAACGUUGGACUUAGGGCCAUGUCGGCUGCACCUGUCAAUCACGUGCAGUGGUAUUACCCAGAAGUGGGGACACCGACUUCACACUUUCAUCAUCAGCAGCAGCGGCAGCUGCAUCAUCAAGUCGUUUCUUAUUAUGGUUACUCUCCCACCUACGUUGCCACUGAUAUGAACUACAAUCAUAAGCUGAGCUACAAUGGAGGAUCCUACAUGAAUGGGCAUUUCUGCCAAGUGUAUCCAUCAGGGCAGGCUACUGUAGGUGCAAACACAUUGAUGCCAAUGUACCCGUUGUAUCAUUACCAUCAAUCACAAACAAUGGGGUUACCGGCAUCAGCCACCCACAUCUUCCCAUCAACAACGGCUGUGCCCAUCACCACAAUCCCAUUCAUCUCUAAACCUGCUGCUGCUAUUGUUGCUCCUAAUUCAGGUACAGUUGGGAGAGGCGAAAGCUUGAAGAAGAUUGGCUAAAGGGGGAUG